AUAAUAAUAAUAAUAAUACUGCCUUGGGAAGCUAAUAGGAAAAUCAAAGGUCAUGAUGCUGAUAUUUUCAGAAUAUCUCCUGGCUGAUGUGGACAGUAAAUGAUAUUCACCCAUCAAUCAUUCCUCUACUUCCUUCAACUGAAUCUCCCUGGAGGAGUCAUCAGAUCCUCUCAAUCUUGAAGACUGACAGGAAGUCCCUGUGGACACUAGCUCUAUGCAAAAUCAGGAGGGAUCCUUGACACUAAGAUUUAAAAGCCCCACCUUCAGAACAAAAUUAGAAAACUCAGAGGUUAAGUUAUAGUUAUUGCAGCUUCUGGAAAGGUGUAGAGCAUGAAGGGAUUCAGAAGUCUGGUGGUAACAACCUUGGCUCUUUUCCUGGUGUUUUCUUUCAUGGGAAAUUCCAACAGUGCUCCGCAGAGACUCUUUGAGAGAAGGAACUGGACUCCUCAAGCUAUGCUCUACCUGAAGGGUGCACAGGGGCGCCGCUUCAUCUCCGACCAGAGCCGGAGGAAGGACCUCGCCGACCGGCCGCCGCCCGAAAGACGAAGCCCAAAUCCCCAACUACUAACUCUUCCAGAGGCAGUAGCUGUGCUAUUGGCUUCCUUGCAGAAACCGCAAGAAGCUGGAGAAGAAAACUUUGAUCAAACCAGAUUCCUAGAAGACAGUCUGCUAAACUGGUGAAAAUAUACCAGAUUCCAUUCAAUUUUAUUUCUAUUCUUGUUGAAAACAUGACCCAUGUGAAUAAAGCCUGCGGACCCUUUUUAUGUUCAUUUGUAAUCUUAGGAACAUGUGCAGCCAGUUUUAUUCUUCCAGAAGCUAAAGUGAUGUUGAGUUCUUAGUGAGAACAUCGUUGCUUUCUUCCAUUGCUUCAGGUCCUGUUUAGAUCACCUUGUGUCUUACUCUCGAAUUUUUUAGCCCAUUUAUAAUUAUUAGGUUGAAGACUCUUUAGAGUGUUCUUUCGUUUUGUGACAACAGAUACCCAUCUUGAUCUAAUCAUUCUUAAUUGCUUUUUUUCAUUCUGUUACCCACUUGCACUGUCUUAUCACUCAGCAGAGAAUCUCCUCUCCUUUUCCCCCUUUUCUCACCUCCAAGGAGGGUGAGGCAGGGAAGCAUGGCAAGAUGGGAAAGAGUAGAGUGUGAUUCUUUUAGUAUCCAGGAGAGGUAAGGUGUCAGGAAGGGAAGUGGGAAGGGGUGACUGGGAAGAAGCCCUGUGAUCAGACACUGCAGUGUGGUUGCUGAGAGAGGGGACCCUUGGUGAGACUGGAGCCAUUGGGAGGUUCUACAGCUGGAAGCUCCCCCUUGUGCUCCCUGGGGAUCUCCCCGAAUUCAGUUUAGAAACAAGGAUCUAAAAGUUACUGGGAAAUAAGCAGAUGGAAACACACGCUGCUCUUGUACAAAAGAAACAAACCAGUUUUUUAGAGGUAACCCAUUUUCCAUGGCUAAACAGACUCAAACACUGCUUACUCUAAUUGACUAGAACUCUAGGCUUUAUUUUACAUAAAAACAUAACAUAAAGGCACCCUGAUACAAAAUGCAUGGUAAUAUGCCUAAUUUAUUCAUUUUUUAAACUCAACUAGGGUUCAGUACUAUCUGAAAAAUAAAAUACACACAUACCUACAGCAAGCAUAUAGUAUAUUUAUUUGAAAUUACAAUAUGACCAUCAUGUUCAUUAUUUUUGACUUAAUUACUUGAGAGUUGUUAUUGAUAAAUGUCACAAGUGGAAAGUAUUGUCCAUUCUUAUUGUCAUCAGUAUAUAGCUAUUAGUCAGUAGCUAAAGAAUAUCAUUAUGUGAAUGUCUCUGUAACUUGGAAUUACAAUUUUACUGUGUUAAGUAAUCAAAACCCUGCUUAUAAGAUUUGUCUGUAUCUCAUUUCAUAACUGAAUAAUGAAACUGUAUUCAAGUUAAUGUAACAUUGAUGUCUGCCAAAAAAAUAAUAUGCUAGCAAUAAAAUAAUCUAUGUGGCAUUAUAA